AUGGACCACUGGUGCCGCCGGCCGAGCGCAUUCUCCAACAUGAGCGUGGCCGCAUGGAAGGAGUUGGCCAUUCCGCGUUACACCAACGGAAAUUACAGCCGCUGCACGUUCGACCUGAACCAGCACGGCAACACCGCGGUCAGUGAUUGGAGCGUUGUCUGCCAGCGGCGUCAUCUGGCCGACGCCGCCCAGGCUGCGUACCUCUUCGCCAUGACCGUCACGCUUAUGGCGGUGGGCCCUAUUGCCGACCGAAUUGGACGCAAGACGGUGGGAAUCCUGGCGCUCGCGGCUUUGCUGCCCACGCUGGCGGCGACCGGCGUUGCGAGCGACCUUCAGACAUUCAUCAUUGUGCGUUCAGUCACAGCGGCAGCCUCGGCUGGCCUCUUCGUCAUCAGAGUGCUGCUGUUCGAGAUAACGACCACGGCCCGCCGACUGCUUUACACCACCAUCGGCUCCACUCUUUCGUUUCUCAUCCCGCGAUUGUUUCUAUCUUUAGCGUACGUGUCGAAGGCUAGCUGGUCGUCUUGGCACAUGCUCCUGGCAUUCUUUGCCUUGGUCCUCCUCGCGGCUUUUCGCGUCCUGGACGAGUCACCAUCUUGGCUAAUCGCUGUGCACCGCGAGGACGAAGCCGGGUGUUGUAUUCUUUCGUCUGCUUUAGACCGGGAGGUAGGCGGACCCCAGCUCACCUGUUUUGACCGGUCUUUGGAGACGCUUCUGGACAAGGCCGGGAAGGAGCUUGACCUGCUUCGACUUAUCGUUCCAGGGCCGUGUGUGGCUGAAGGGGACCGGCUUCUUGAGACGUGUCCAUCAUUCUUCUUGGGUGGUGCCGCACUGGUGCGCGACGUGGCCGAUGAGGCGGCACAGCUGGCAUCGUGGACGGCUGUCAUCGGCACGGGAAUUUCUCGCUAG